ACUUGGGGAACUCAGCAACGUCUUUCUCUUUCUCCCUACUACAAAGUACAAACUCUUCACACACACACACACACCUCUCUCUCUCAACCCUUUCAUCUCACUCAACUCACAACAAGUCACCUCUCUCUCUCUCUCUAGAAGAAGCUAAAAUCUAGAUCGUCCUCCUUCAUUAAGAUAGAUACCGUGAACGGUGAACCACACACAGAAAUAGAGGAAAGAAGAGAGAGCUUCACGAUCUUGAUUCUUAUAUUUCUUCUUUACUUGUUUCUUUAUUGCAAUGGUGGAGCUCAAAGAUCAAGAUAUGGGAGAAGGUAUGCAAUGCGUAACACAUCCUUACACAAAGAAUCCAGGUGGUAUCUGUGCACUCUGUCUCCAGGAAAAGCUUGGUAAGCUCGUUACUUCCUCUUUCCCUGUUCCAAAAUCCAACAGCCUCUCUUCUUCUUCUCCUCCUAAGUCCUUCAGUCCUUCCACUACAUCUCUCGCUCUGUCUCUCUCAUCCGGAAGUAACGGAAGAGACUCCACAAACAACAACAAUCUCCCGUUUCUGCUGGCGAAGAAGAAGAAGAGUAUGCUCGCAGCUUCAUCUUCCUCUUCUUCUUCCUCCUCUUCGUCUUCUUCAGCUAAUCUGAUCUACAAGAGAAGUAAAUCCACGGCUGCUGCUUACGGUGAGAGUUUCGGCCAAAGGAAACGAAGUGGGUUUUGGUCUUUUCUUCAUCUCUACUCUUCGAAACAUCAGAUCAGCACCACCACCAAAAAAGUCGAUAACUUUAGCCAUUCAAGGAGGAACCAGAGAACAGAGACAGGAACAGAGUCAUCUAAGAGGAUCGGUGGUGGUGGAGGCAUUGAUGUGAUAGUUGAGGAAGAAGAUGAGACUCCUGCCAAAGUGGUUUCAGAAACGCCAACAAAUGGUAUUGGUAAUGGUGGUGGUGGUUCGUCUUUUGGGAGGAAAGUGUUGAGAUCUAGAUCUGUUGGCUGUGGAAGUAGAAGCUUCUCUGGUGAUUUCUUUGAGAGGAUCUCUAACGGGUUUGGUGAUUGUGCCUUGAGAAGGAUUGAGUCUCAGAGAGAAGCCACCAAGGUCAUUGGUAAUGGAGGUGGUGAAGCAGCGGAUGCCAUGAGUGAAAUGGUCAAAUGUGGUGGCAUCUUUGGUGGGUUUAUGAUCAUGACAUCAUCAUCUUCUUCAUCAUCAACAACAUCUUCAUCGACGGUUGAUCAUCACAAUCAUAAGAUAGGGAACAGAAGCUGGGGAUGGGCUUUUGCUAGUCCAAUGAGAGCCAAGGCUACUACUAAUCAUAGAGGUCGUACUAUUACAGAGUCUUCAGCUGACAACAAGAACACAUCUCCUAAUUUGGACUCAAUUCCUUCAUUGUUGGCUUUGAAAAGCUAAAAAGAGAGAGAAAUGCAUUACUAAGUAUUUCUAAUCUUUAAUUCUAGAGAUUUUCAUAUUUCAUUCAUGUGCUUUUAGUUAGGCUGUUCUUUUGUUCUUUGGACAUUUGUUUGAAUCUUUUGAUUUCAAUGAGUAAUGUAAUGUCAUACUACUCUCUUGUUCAUUUCUAUGUUUGGCAUCUUGGUUA